AUGGACGAAUUUGCACAGUCAAGAGAGGACGAUGACCUCUUUGCCGAUGAGUUCGAGCCAGUAUCUGUCCCAACCUUCACAGUUGACGAGACACCAGCCGCUCCUGUCAUUGAGGAAAAGCCAGCAAACGUCCCAAGCAACGGCACAAACCCCGUGCACAGGAACGGACGCAAAGAAGGACAAGAGCGGCGACAAAGAGGAGGGCGUGGAGGAGGAGGAGCAGCAAACAACGGCUUGAAUGCCUCGAGAUACGCGCCCAAGGCCGAGCCGACUACUUCUGAAGCCCCGGCUCCAGAAUCCACACAGCCUACAUCGGCUUCUACCUCUGACCCCGCUAUCCAACCUACCGCAAACGCCGCCCCCGCGCCGCAAAAUGCCACUCCCAAUACCACCGAACCUCCAUCUCUACCUCAACCUACAAACACACGAACCCCAGCCGUGAGAGGCGACCGCUCAGCAACAGGCGGCCCAGCACACAAGAAACUAACCGAAGAAGAACUCACCCUCAAGCUCGAGAAGAUGGCCGUCCUCAACGCGCAAAAAGCCGAGCGACAUCGUCUCUCCGAAGCAGACCAAGCAGCCUUCCAACACCGAGAAAAGGAGUUGGCGAAGGAGAGAAGAGAGAGAGCUGUUGUAGAGAAGAGAAACGAACGAGUUAUGGAGAUGGAGAGGGCGAAGAAUCGCGAGCGGAAGAUGAAGGCUCAGGGAGGACGGGAAUGGGACAGUGAGAAAGUGGAGAGCGAUAUUGUGGAUAGGAAGGGGCGGAGUUCCGAGUAUGUACGAGGUGGCCACGGAGGCGUUGUUCGAGGCAGAGGUGGUGGAUUGGCUGGCAGUCGAUAUGCUACAGACGGCGAUGAAGAGGCACCAGCUACGGAGACACAAUCUAGCAGAGGCAGAGGCACAUUCGAGAUUCGAGGCCGUGGACGAGGCGGCAGAGGUGGGCGUGGUGGCAAGACACCGAAUACUGUCCCGACCACAGAGGACUUCCCUUCACUCCCGACUCCUGCGAAGCCUCCUACACUUGUCAAGGCAAGCGACACUUAUACCGAGACUCCUGCUAAACAAGUGAAGCCGCCGGAUAAACCUGCAGGUGAUUGGGCGGAGGAAAUGGCUACACCAAUCGAGGAGAAGAAAAUGGAAAGUUGA